CGCGCCUAAAACAAGGGAGGGAAAUCAAUCCGUAGGAUAUGUAGAGUAACUUCCCUUACGUAAGAACUCUUCAAAAACUGUCGGUGGCUGCAGUAUUCAAAUUUGAUAGUGCAAUGACAUAUCAUUUGGAAACGUGACGAGAUCUUAACCCUUACUGAGAAAACGCUGGGUGCGAGAUGUCAACAUCAGACUCUCCUAUAGUUGCACAGCUCCAGGCUGUGGUAGCCAGUAUGCCCAACCAUCUGUCCGGAAUCAUGCCUGAGCUUUCUGUUAUGGGGAUCAUCAACUGGGGAGCCGCAGCUGCUAUGGUGUUUGGUGGCGUGGUUCCAUUCAUUCCACAAUACAGAGAUAUUAGGAGGAGUGGGAAUACUGAUGGGUUCUCCACAUUCGUCUGUCUCACACUGCUUGUAGCCAAUAUACUGAGAAUCAUGUUCUGGUUUGGAAAGCACUUUGAAUUACCUCUUCUGGCCCAAAGUAUUAUCAUGGUCUUCACAAUGAUGAUGAUGGUGCGCUUGUGUGUACAGAUGAAAAACAAAUCAGAAAUUGUGAUGUCAAAACAACAUAAAUUUACUGAUUUUGACCAUAACCAUUUUUGGCAGUGGACAGACUACAAGAGUUACAUCCAGUUUAUCACUCUGUUCACUGCUGUGAUGGCCCUGCUGACAUUCCUCCUCCUAAACAACAUUAUCUAUGUAGAACUUAUAGGAUUUCUAGCUGUGUUUGCUGAGGCGUUAUUAGGUGCACCACAGUUUUACAGGAAUUUCAAAAACAAGUCGACUCAAGGAAUGAGUAAGAAGAUGGUGGGGUUUUGGACUUGUGGAGAUGUGUUUAAGACUGGUUACUUUAUCCUACGAGAGGCACCUCCCCAGUUCUGGAUAUGUGGCAUGCUACAAGUGUCUAUAGAUAUCUCUAUAUUUGUACAGGUGUUCCUGUACAGGAACCUGCCUUCUCGUGCCGCCAAAUUCUACAGUAGUUAACCAUAAUCCUUUGUAGUCUUUAACUCCUUUCCCACUCAAAACCUUAAGGAUGUAUAAACAUGUAUAUGUAUGCCUGUAUCAAUCUAUAGGUACAACUUAUACUAUAUAUGGUUUGGUGUGGCGGCAACUAUUGUAAGUUGUUAAAAUUAGUUUUUAAAUGAAUGUCUUACUCAUUUAUCCUUAAAGUCUUAAUACAUUCUUCACAAUCUAUAUACAUGCACUUCACAGCCCCAUGCAUAAAUGAAUACCCAGCAAACAAUCGAAAGUCUGUAGGAGUGUUUUUUUCAUUAUUUUGCAAGCACAAAAGCUGAAUACAAAUGGACUAAAAAUAAAUAUGUGGAAAGCUUAAAUUAUCUGUAAUUCUCCAAUUUGGAAAUGAAUACGGGUAACAAAUGAAAAAAGGAAGAUAUAAAAUGUGAAUGUAAAUAAAUUUCUCAUGAAGUAAAAUAUCAAUUAAAAAAUUAUCAGUGUUGUUUAAUAUGAAUUUUAAAAUAAAAUGUGGAUCAGCAUGUGCUAUCUGGAGUUCAGUGAUGCACAAAUAUUUUUAGGAUCCACACUAUGAUACAUGUACAUAGAACAUGUAUUGAUGCAUCAGACCAUAUCUGUUCUGACAUUAAUGUUGUUUGCUGCUGUAUAAACUAAACCAUUCAGCUAAGUGAUUUAUUCUCUCGCUGGUUUUAAUUUUUUUUUAAUUUGCCUUUUUUUUUCAUUUUUUUUUUAUAUUUGUUAAAUUGUUAAUACAAUACUGAACUAGUCAGGUGAAAUUUUUCUGGCGUUUUGAUUCAGAUCUAGUCAUUUGACUUUGUUUUGUUGUAAAGGGUGUAAGGAGCUUUAACUUCCUGUACAUAAGAUAUAGAGUGAUAUGUAGAGGGAGAAUGGUAUGUAUGGAUUGAUUUUUUUUUAAACACGCCAAAUCCUGCAGUAUAAAAUAAUAAUUUGCAUUCAGUUUCAAAUUGGUAGUUUUUUAAACACGCCAAAUCCUGCAGUAUAAAAUAAUAAUUUGCAUUCAGUUUCAAAUUGGUAGUUAAUUUCAUGGUCUCAAAGAGCUCUGAUAUUUUGUUUGUACCAUGUAAAUAGAUAGUAGUUUUAUUAGUAUUUUUACCAAAUUCGUCUUCAUAAUGAACAUUUCAUAUUGUUCAAAUUGCAACUUAACUCACUUGCAAUUGUAUACAACACAAUUCAACUCAUUUUAUGAGAUGCUGAUGCACAUUUGUCUUUAAGAUAAAAUGAAAGAUGGCAAUUUGUACUAUGUUGAAUAUCACUCUUGUAACAUAAAUAUUGAAAUCAGACCAUUGAUAUGAUUUGAUGUGCAAUAUGUUGAAUGACAAAUUUGUAUUUCAUGUGAAGACAAUGAGGCCUAAACAUGUUGUGAUAUAUCUCUGUCGUUUUUGAGGUGACGUGUGACCCGAUUUUAUAAAUAUUUGGUGUGAAACAUAAUACUUUUAUUAGGGGACCCGUAUUUAUGUUUUAAGAGAGUGAGUAGGGUGAGGUGUGCCUUACAAGUGGUACUGUUUUUGUGAAAGUGUCAGUGAAAGUGUCAUCACCAGUAUCUGUAUGACCUGAUUGCAAACACAUUAUAGGAUGUGUAUAAUGUAAUUAGGUAUGAACUUGAUGUGUGUUCAGAUAUCUGCUUUAACAUAGCUCAUUUUAUAUAAGCUGGACAUGUAUUGAUGAUGGGUUCCCACAUACCGAAAUUGUCUGCUGUACAAUGAUAUGUAUCACAUAUGAACAAUAUUCAUGCAGAAUUCAAUGAAAGGGCAAAAGUGAUUGGCAUUUAUGAUUUCUUCAGGUAUAGUUAAGGUUAGAAAUAACAAUAAGAAAACAAUAUACGGGCAUUUUAUAUGAUUUCCUUGAAAGACAAAGUCAAUAAAGACAAUGUUUUAUAAAGUAGUAUCUGUCCUUUAGAUAUAACCAUAAUGGAUACUGUGACCAGACUUGUUUUUCUUCAUAAGGGCAUGCUUAGUUGUGACUCUCAGCCUUGGUUUUUGGCACAUUAUUUAAAGGUACAUAUACUUGAGUGUAUGGAAAUUUAAUUUUCUAUGUUCAGAAAUAAUUACCAAUACCCUGAAACUGACAAAGAUAUACGAACAGAUUUUCUGAUGUCUUUGUGUUUUGCUCUCAUGGUGAUUAACCAGAUUAAUGUCAUUUUAUGUUGAUAUUGUUUUCUUGUAAAAUGCUUGUCAUGAAGUUCCAAUACUGGAUUAGUACAUUAUGAACCUGUAUGUUUCAUACUUUUUAGAGAGUUCCUAUCCAUAUAUCCAAUGGAUUGCUGUCAUAUUUACUCAAAUUCCACAGAUCCUCAGCCUUAAGUGUGAAUGUUCCUUAUUUUUUUCUCUGGUUCUUAUUAUUUUGAAUAUGUUUCAUAUUUGCUUUUUCCAUUACUUGGUAUUAGGUUUUCUCAAGCUGUAAAUAAUCAUAUCUACUUAUUUAUUAUCAGGAGUUUUAUAUAAGACAGGUGAAUGGUCAAACAUGGUCAUUUGUAAAGUUUUGUACGUGUAACCCAAUCAUUUAUUUUUUGCCGCAUUUCUUUAAAACCAUUAUUACACAUUUAUCCCUGCUUUGCAUUACUUGUACAUGUAGCUGUAUUAUGUUGCUCGCUGGGUUGGGCUGUUCUGCAUAUAAAUACAGUAUGAGGGUAUAGAUAAACGAUAAACACAAAUGAUGGAUCUCAGAAAAUAGUGUAGUUGGUAUGGUCACAAACACGUGCCUUUUUGUCCCUUCACCUAUAUAUGCCUACAUUUUUUAAAGAAACCUGGUCACGAAAUUCUCUGUCACAUUCCGUAUGUUAUCAAGGACUAAUAUAACCACAUAUAUUUAACAUUCCAGUAACUUCAGCAUCCUAUAGUUUAUUACAAGCUCCUUAAACACGAUGUACAAUGGCUGUUUCAUCUUUACCAAAGAAAUCAGAAGUAUUUACUGAAAUCAAAAUAGGUAUUACCAACCUUUAGAUAUUGGUGUCAUAUGUUUAAUUAGUCUCUUGUAAGUGAGAGCACUUAAUGUAUUUUGAUAUUCUCCUGAUGCACCUAAACAUGUUAAAACUGUUUAGACUUGCAAUUGCUAGGUGGACAAUAUUUAGGAAAUAGAUACCCAAGAUGCAUGUUACAGUACAUAUAAAAAGAGUACAUUUAUCUAAAUAAUUUCAACAUGGUAUGACAGUAUUUCUCAAUGUGAACUUUUAUAUUUAGUAGACAGAAUUUCUGAUCAGUUUCAUUGGACACGAGAUGUUCAAUGAAAAGUUAUUGACGAAGUAUUGCUAACAGAAUGAGUUUUUUAAGACUGUUGAUGCAGAGUUUGGAGAUAUGAUUGAACACCAAGGGGAGAAUACAUAGAAUUUUAUAUAUAAUUUGUAGAAAAGAUUAUUUAGCUUAUCCAGUCCAUACUGUAUCACUAUCAAUUAUCAAUAUAUUUCAAAGUUUGUCUGUCAAGUUAUUGUGUAAAAAUACCACAAUGAAAUAUUGUGUUGGUUAAAUAAUAUGUGUUAUGUAUAUGCAAACUGUUUUGAGAAUGUUAAAUUGUUAUGCUGAAAUAAGAUGCUAUUUAUUUUUAUACUUCAUUCACUUGUAUAUUUGUACACUUGCUGUGCGAUUUUGUAACAUAUCACUAUUAGAUAUUUGGUUCCAGUACUGUAACUUUGAAUGAUGCAUUUAUUAAAAGUAAAAUCAGUUUCAUUUUCCAUUUUUUUUUUACAUAAAACUGAUGUCAGGUCCCUAUGCUACCUAUCCUAUGUAAGUGACCUCUGAUCUUCCUUAUUUACAUGUCACUGACCUGUUGGCAUGGCAAUUCAAUUUUCUGUGUUUUUUGAUGGGCAAAUAAGUCAUAAUUAUCCAUUUACCAUAAGGAUAUUCUGUUGAUGUGCUAAUGUAUUUGCUUUAUAUCUUAACACAAUUAUACAUGCAUUAAUUCACUUUAAAUGGUUGUAUUGAAAUGCAUAGAUAUCAAAUAUUACAUUAACUUAAUAUCAAACUAGGUGGAAUAAGUAACAGUGACUCCAAUGGGUGAAGUUUAAUUAGAUAACUUACAGCUGCCAGGAAAGACUCUGUUAACAAUUGAUUAGUUAUCAGAUUUCCUAGUAAACAAACCAGUUCAGCUACUGUUAACUAACAUCAGGCAUCAAAUGCUGUUGGUUUUACAAGAGAACAUCUGGUACACCUAUCCCCAGCAACACCAGUUCAUUCCAAACAUUUACAAACUUGUCCUGGUCAAAAUGUUAGUUAGGAAUUUUCAUUGAAACACUACAUAUAUACAUGUAUACAUGGAUGUAUAUGAAUUAUAAGAUAUAUAUAUAUAUAUAAAGGUAGGUUUUAUGUAUACCACUGUAUUUGGACAUUCUUAUAUGACAUUGAUGUGACAUUCAUUCACACAUCAAUUGUUCUAGCAUACUUAAUACAUUUACACUAUACAAAGUUGUCCAGAAAUUCCGUCUGUUUGUCAUAUGCCUUAAUUUGAAUGGACACAAAUUUUAUGAAAUGCACAAUACUUACUAAAUGUGUAUUCUAUGCUUGUGUAUUAAAUUGCUUCAACUUUCAGUAUAUGUAGCACCGAUGUUCUCAUAUGCUAUGAUAGUUUGCCAUGGAGUGAGAAUAUCUUACAAUAUAGAAGCAGGUUCUAGCAUAUUAGAAUGGUAUUCACAUUGUCUAGUGCAACACACAAUAUAGAAUUGUUUAGUCUCAAAGAUUUGUCAUGCAAAAUAGAAUGCACUGGUUUCUCUUAGAAUGUUUUGAUGUUUAAAAAGUGAAAAGUUUUCAAUCAAUUUUGUGUUCCAAAAUGUUGUUUCAUUGAAAGAAUUCAGUGUUUGUUUUCCUUAGAAAGCAUGGAUGUGAACUGAUGAUUUUAAGAAAAGAUAAUACCCUUGUAUUAAAUGACUUUUUGAAACAAUAUAUCAAAUAAACUAUUAUGAAGUCUCUUC